UUUCUUCUCCCCUUCACAGUGGUAGUCGCUCUUCUAAAACCUUUAAACCAAAGAAAAACAUUCCGGAGGGGUCUCACCAGUAUGAGCUGUUAAAACAUGCAGAAGCCACGCUUGGAAGCGGUAAUCUCCGGAUGGCCGUUAUGCUGCCAGAGGGUGAAGAUUUAAAUGAAUGGGUUGCAGUUAAUACUGUGGACUUCUUCAACCAGAUCAAUAUGCUUUAUGGUACCAUUACAGACUUCUGUACAGAAGAGAGCUGCCCAGUGAUGUCAGCUGGCCCAAAAUACGAGUAUCACUGGGCAGAUGGGACAAACAUAAAGAAACCAAUCAAGUGCUCGGCACCAAAGUACAUUGAUUACCUGAUGACUUGGGUCCAGGAUCAGCUGGAUGACGAAACACUAUUUCCAUCCAAAAUAGGUGUUCCUUUCCCAAAGAACUUCAUGUCAGUGGCAAAGACCAUUCUAAAGCGUCUCUUUAGAGUUUAUGCUCACAUUUACCACCAGCACUUUGAUCCAGUAAUCCAGCUACAAGAAGAGGCACAUCUUAACACAUCCUUCAAGCACUUUAUUUUUUUUGUUCAGGAAUUCAACCUUAUUGACAGAAGAGAACUGGCUCCACUUCAAGAACUGAUUGAAAAACUGACCUCCAAGGAUAGAUAAAAGGAAGUGGAUUUGUGGAAAUAGCAAGCGUGUGGUAUUUCUGGGGUUUUUGUUUGUUUGUUUUGUUCUGUUUUGAAAACAAAACAAAACCUUGUUCUGUUCUUACAGGCAGCCAAGAUCCAUUCUUUGUGCUUUUAUUAGGGGAAAUCUUUGUCUUUUAGUGACAUGCAGUAAAUGGCUUUUUUUUUCUCAUUGUGGAUUUUUAGUAGAUUUUGAGUGUUUAUAAAGGAAGUAUGCUUGUUGGGAGAUUUGACACUGCUGAUGGAUGGGUUCUGUUUUGUGUCAAUUGUAGCCCAUUCUCAUGAAGUCCCUAAAAGACUUACAUUCUCUAAGUGCCUUGGCAGACUCACUUCUGAGGUGCAAAGCACACACAAUACUGAACAUUGCUGGAAACACAAAAUAUAACCUACCCAGGACACUUACUGAUGCUUGGUUUAGAAUAUAUAUGCUUAAAGUACAAAAGCCAUAACUUACUUAAAUCAGUGAUCUCCAGCUUUUAAUACACAGUAUCACCAUUUUUUAAGAGAGAUGAAUAUAAAGCUUCUCAAAACUAGGUAUUUCUAAAAAACCAAAAAAAGUAAAAAUAAAAAAUUAUAGUGAUGGUGACACUUCAGCUCAUGUCCUAGUCACCAGACUUAAAUGAUAAAGAUUUUAAAACCAUGAACAACCCAGGAUAGCAGAGGGCUGGCUCUCCAUUCCACUGUAAUUUUGCACUGCUUGUUACAUAUAUUUAUUUUGUUAAUAUAAAUAUCAACUCAGGCCAGCCUAAUGUACUGUAAGGUACAUUACUUCCUUUAAUAAAGUUUCCUAGUAUUUCCCAAAUGAGCCGACCAAUUUGCAAAAGUGUCUUCAGUGAGAAAGAAAGAUCUAUUUAUUCAUCAUCAAAAAUGACACCUAGGUAAUAUUAAGAAAAAUCUUGUUUUAAAUCCACUAGAGUGAUGCCAUUUAAAUGUGAACAGUAAAAAGCUAACUCAAGAUUAGAGUUCAGAUUCUCAAGCUUUUUCAUAAGAGAACAUCUCUUUGUAGAAAGAUUGUCUUGUGGACCACUUUCCAUUUGCAAUCAGAAGGCCCACAGCCCAUCUCAUUCGUAAUUGUAUAAGGUGUCUGGGGUAACUAUAGCAAUUGUUUACACGGGGAAAGUUAUAUUAAGUAAGAUUUGUAUAUUUUAGCUGUUUUUAGUGUGGCAAGUGCUUUUGUUCUUUUUGAGAAAACAAUCCCACAAUCUCCUUUUUCAUAUCUCCCUCCCUUUCUGGUCCUGUUUCUCUCAAACUGGAAACUGGGAGAACCAGUACCAUGUGACAAGACAUUUCCAUUGCCCACCUGAAAGUGGUCCACAGACUACUAUUUGGACAUCUCUGUGCUAUAGCUAUGUGAAACUCAGGGGGUUCCCAUCUCAGAAAUUCAUAUGGAAUGUAUCUUUGCUUUCAGUCUGUGUAUCUUUGUAUCUAUCCAAUUUUGGCUUCAAAUACAUUUGUCUUGCACAUUUGUAAUGUGCCAGCCCCAUAGUAUCAUCAGUAUCUAGGUGCCAAAUCUCAAAAUGAAAAAGUAGCCAGUUUUCACCUGCUCUUGCAUCAUAACUUAGCAGAACCACAGAUUUUACAUGAUUUUGAUGCAAAGACGUAAAUUGACCCAUGAUACUGACCUCCUUUGUAAAGCACUUUGAGAGCUAAAGAUGAAAAGCACUAUAAAAGAACUAGCUAUUAUUAUUAUGCACUACCAUGGCUCUUGAACCUUGGUGAUCUUUAGAUUUGUACAGUUUGUGACAGAACAAUAGAAGUGUUGCAGGAUAUCCUGAAACCAUGCAAACAUUUCACACACCUGCUUGACACACAUUUUUGACUUUGAUAGUUAGGAGUGGGUAAUUAUGUAUGGAAAAACACAAUUACACAUGCAAAGAGCCUGCAAAAUUUGUAACUGGCCAUUUGUGCUUGCAGAUGUAACUGGUAUUUGCAUAAACAGAUUACAUACACACUUAAUUUUGGAAGUCAGGCCUACAUUCUUGAAAUAGGAAACUCCAUUGCUUUACUAUUACUUACUGAGCAAAAUCAUCUGAAGCUUGAAAACAACCUUUUACCUAAACAAAUAUCCUCCAAUUGGGCAAAAGAUUUCUAGUGUAGCAAAAGCUGAUAUUAGCUGACUUUUUGUUUGUUUCACCGAUUACUAAUAUCGUAACCUUAUUUGUUUCUUGAACUAAGCAUAGCUCUGGGAAUCCAGCUAUGGACUAGCAAACUGUCUUGAUAGUCUGUUCAUUGCAUCUCCUUUAUAGAAAGACCAAGUUUUAGGUAGCUGUUACCUGAGCUUCCCUUACUAAUUUGUAAGCCGUGCUCACAUUGUAUCUUACAAUUGAUUACCCUAGUAUGGCAGCAAUUGUUGGCAGCAGAGAAGUUAAAAUUAUAAUUAUCAUUCAGACAUUGUUCCUUCAGCUUCAUCAAAAUGUUUCUUUAAGCUAUACAAAUCCUUUGCAUCUCUGUUAGCUGAUCUACGUCUUGGAUUUAUAGGUCAAAUUACAGCACAGGGUUUUAUCGGCCUUAAAGACAAGCUGCCAAGGAGUGGGGGAAGCAAUUAGGUUUGUCUUUUUUUUCCUUCUUUGUGAUAUAUCUAGGUCUGAAAGAUGUUCCCAAAAAAUGGGGUGAAAAGGAGAAGCUGCCAUUCUUUUGCUCUCUUAUAUUAGAAAUGUCAGUUCUCGGCUUCCUGUUUUUUUUCUGGAAGCCUCCGUGAAAAACCGGAGUGGGUGCUUUCUGAGCCCACAGUUAAAGGGUCAAGAUGUUUUAAUCUUUCACACAGAUUGAUUUUCUUUCAAGUAUUUGAACAAAAAACAGGUUUAAAAAGUCAGACUAAAAUCCCCUCUCCUCUCAAUUGCUGAUGUUCCAGUCUCUCCCUUAUGUGAAAAAAACAAACAGAACCUCUUACCUGCUUUUGGGAAGAAGAUCUUUGAGAUCUUCCUACAUCAGAAAGAAGUAAAAAGGGUACGAACACAAUUUGUUUUCCUGUAACUGGAAUAUUCACACCCAACGUUUUACUAACUCACUGUUCCUAGAGUUUAUAGGCUCUGGGCCAGUACUACUAGGAAGAGCAUAGCAAUGUGUAAUUUACUUCAGGAGUCCACAGCAAGGGCAGCUUGGAUGUGCUUCAGACAGCAGUGCAUGCACUAGCUGGCUGUAUGUCUGAAUGCACUCCCUAGUGUCAGAACAUGCCCACUCUGAGACUGCGGUGUACUGGCUUGUGCAAGAACCAGUCCCCCCACCUCUCAUUCAAGUGUUGGAGAAAGAGGUUCCCUGUGUGUGUCUCCCGCCCAGCAAACUGUGCUGUGCACAUAAAAGGGGCUGGUCUUGGUCUCCUGUGUUAAGUAAGAUCACAGGGAACUUGAUACUUAUCUAGGCUGAGCUGCACAAAUCGGUGCCUGAGUAUUGGUCUUAAUACUUUAUUUCCUUGCUUUUGGGGGCUAUUCACAUGUGUAGGAUGGGGUAGACAACUGAUCCAGAUACUAAAUCCAGUUUCAGAACUCUAGCUAUAAUUAACUGUAGAUCUGUUAUGGUCCGAGGGUCUCUUUAGUUCCUGGAUAAUUACUCAACAGGCUAAAUGGUGCUGGCAUCCAUCUGACUAUUCAGAGGGCAGAGUCAUCCCCUAAAACUUAAACUGAACAAACUGUUCUAAUGCACUUCAGGCAUGAAGAAAACUAAAUUUUUAAAUUGCUCUUGGGUCUGUGGCCUUUUAUGCUUCGCUUCAGUCUGAAGAACAUUUUAUAGCUGAAAAUUGGGGGCUUGUAAUGGAAAUACACUGACAGGCUUUUAAUCGUAUGGAGGCGUAAAUGGUGCUGCUUUUAAUAGCUAACAGCAUCUGCAUCGUUAAUUUUCAUUUCCACUGAAAACUGCUUUGCUGAGCUUACUGUAAUCAGUAUUGGUUUACAGGCUAGUGUGGGUGUUCAGUGUACAGAUUAUGCUUCUGGCAAGAGGAAAAAGAUUUUGACCAUUGGUAAGCUUCUCGCAUCUCUAGAAGGCACUAGACGUUGGCCUGGUCUACGCUACAAAGUUAUGUUGACAAAAGGCAUCGUAUGUUGACCUCGUUGUGCAAGUGUCUUCACUUAAAUGUGGCUCCCGGUGACAUAAGUGCCCUGCUAUGCCAAUUUAAUAACACCACCUCCCUGAGCGGCAUAGAGCUAUGGUUGAUGAUUAGGUCGAUGCAUUGCGAGUGUAGACACUAUGUUAUUUACGUUGACUGUUACUGUCCUCCAGCAGCUGCCCCACACUGAUCACUGUGGUCACCAUUGUGAAUUUCGCUGCUCAGGUGGCACAGAGGCCAGAAGCGUCUCUCCCCUACUCCCACCUUUUAAAGCCCCAUUAAUUUUUGAAAUUCCUUUUUCUGGCUUGGCGAGCACACCUAGCAGCUCUCCAUUGUUCAGUGGAACUGCCCAGCUGAUGAUGCUGCCUACAUGCUCUGGAUGUACUCCUGCCUGGAAUACACAGGAGGAAUUGGAUCUCCUGGGCCUCCGGGGAAUGAGACUGUGCAGGCACAGCUCCGAACGAGCAGUAGAAAUGUGGAUAUCUAUGAGCAGAUUGCUCGGGGGAUGCAGGAGAAGGGAUACGUCAGGGACCAGCACAUGAAAGCCAAGGAGCUGUGGCAGGCAUACCAGAAGGCCAUCAACAAUCAAUCUAUUGCCAAGCCAUAGACCUGCCGCAUUUACAAAUUGCUGCAUGCUAUAUCUGGUGGAGAAACCACCCCCCUCUCUGAAAGCACCAUGGAUACCUCUGAGGAGCCUGAGUCACAGACCCCCGCCAUGAACAGCGAGGAGGAGGUGAUGGACGAGGAAGAGGAGGAGAAGUACGGGGGACAGAUGCUGCGGGGAUCCAGCUGCACAGCAAGCCAGGACCUGUUUUUGACUCCACCACAGUCCAGCCAGUCCCACCAGUUCAGCACAGGAGAGCCCAAUGCAGGGGAAGAAAGCUCAGAUAAGUGUGUAGUUUAAUUUUCAAUAACAGAGAUGCUCCCAUCUCAAAGUAGCAGGGCAUAUCUUUUGAGUUAUCAUUAAUUUACUUGUGCUAGAAGAGGGAGUGGUACAGCCAAGAGAGGCAGGGUUGCUCUAGAGUUGGGGGGGGGGAAAUGCAGAACAGUUUGUUUAUGUGCGCAGGGAUGUCCCUUGAAUCCUCUGUGGAGAUCUCAAUGAAACUUUCGUGGAGGAACUCUGCAAUCCUCUGCCAAUGGUUUCUAGGGAUGGCAGCCUUAUUUCUACUGCCACGGUAGGACACUUACCCACGCCAGUCAGCGAUAACUUUAGCAGGCACCAUUGCAGUACGCAGGCUAGCAGCAUACGGGCCUGGGCAGCUUCUGGACACCAGCAGCAGCUGUGUUCUCUCUGCCUCUGUUACCCUCAGGAGUGAAAUAUCAGCUAAAA